AUGGGAAAGCCUGAAUCCAAACCUGCUUCUACAGGUGAGUUUAGUAAGCAGCAGGACAAACACAUCUUAGUCCUGAACAAAGACAAUUUAGAAGAGAAACUGAGGAACAUUGAGCUCAGAAUAUCUGAUAAGUAUGUCAGGAUUUUGGUUGUUGGUGAAGUCGGAGCAGGAAAGUCUAGCUUUAUAAACUCGGUCAACAAUGUCUUUCAAGGACGAAUCACCUGUGAUGCUCUUGUUGAUGCAACAUCUGGAACCAGUUUCACAAAAGUUUACAAAACCCAUUAUAUCAAGGGGAAGGACGGCUCCUGUUUGCCUUUUGUCUUCAAUGAUAUCAUGGGACUUGAACCUGAAGAGAGCCGGGGCGCACAUGUACAGGACAUUAUCUCAGCCUUAAAGGGGUCUCUUGAGGAAGGACACAAAUUUAAUCCAGCUAAUCCUGUGUCUGAGAAUGACUACAAAAGCAAUCCCAGCGUUGAUCAAACCUCCUGCCUGGUCAAUGUUCUAGCAGCAGACAAAGUGUCACUCAUGGACCAAAGGGUUAUUCAAAAGAUGAAACUGAUCCGUGAGGAGGCUUCAAUAAUGAAUUUGCCUCAAGUAAUCAUCAUGACCAAAGUGGAUAAAGCCUGCCCACUGGUUGGAGAAGACAUAAGAAAGGUCUACACCAGCAAGAAAAUUAAAGAUAAGAUGCAAGAGUGUAGUAAUCGGCUGGGUAUUCCAAUGAGCAACAUCUUCCCUGUGAAGAACUACCACGAGGAGAUAGACACGGACGAUGACAUGGAUGUUCUGAUCCUCAAGGCGCUUGAUCAGAUUGUGAAUCUCGGCAAUGACGCUCUAAUAAACGAAACCUCUCAGUUGGAUGAAGAGGCGAAGCCUUGUUGCUUCAUAAAAAACAGCCCAUAAUUGAAUCUGUAGUAGACAU